CUAUGUCUAGUACCUACAUCCGGGCUACAUGUACCUAUAACAUAGGCCUGUAACAUUGAAUACAGGUGCUUCCUGCAACUCAUAGCGCGGUUAUGGAAUUGCUUGCUACGGGUUUCAAUGCCUGGCACCAACUACAAUUUGACAAAGAGGAUAAAUCUGGCGAGCCUGAUGAUAUUAUUUCGUUUCGACUUAUUUUGAAAGACAAUUGCAUUGAACGACCAGUUUCCCUUUUAUCAUGUACAUUUGUCGAAACCACAACCGGAAUCCGACAAGCAGGCUUCAUCGACAAUGCAUCAGAGGCAAUCAGGGACAAUCUCCUUUCAGCUACAGCUGCUAUUGCAGGGAAUGGAAUAGUAGCCGAAUAUGAUGGCCAUGAUAUAAUUCGUCAGUAUUUGUCUACUUCUCCUGGAGAAUAUCAAGCCUUUUCUGGAAUGGGCCAAAUCACACAGGUGGUAGCAUACGAAACAGGGUUCGCAGCUUUGUCGCAAGACGGUCGCGUCUGGACUUGGGGAGAUGAGCGUUAUAGCGCUUGCCUUGGAAGGACAGUAACGGAUUCAAGUCCAGCAGAAAGACCUGGGAUUGUAGAGGAACUCGAGGAUCUGCCGUCCGGUAGGAUAAAGAGGAUUGGCGCAGCUGGAUAUCUCAUUCUCGCCUUGACGGAGGGAGAUGAUCUCUAUGCUUGGGGUGGCCAUCCUGGGCGGCCAGCGAUACUUGAGGGAUUAUCAAGUAGUCCAAUACCCAUAGUGGUCGACGAGGAUAGUGAUAUAACGGAUUUUGGGGUGGGGGAAUCGCAUAUAAUCGCGUUGACUUCUAACAGUGAUGUAUACGUUAUCGGUGAUAACACGAACGGUCAACUAGGAUUGUCAAUUAAGGAAGCAAGGUCAUGGACAAAGAUACAUUUGCAUUUAGGGGUAGACCGUGUAACUUGUAGCGUAGGGGCAGGAGGGCGCACGUCAUUCAUAUUGACCAAGAAUCAAAUCCUUUGAUGAUUCCGCCUUAAUUGCCUAAGACCCUCUAUGCUGUCCUAUGAUACACGUGAACUCCGGGCAUAAUUUUGUAACUAGUAGCGACCAGGCUCAUAGAUUCGUCAGGUAAUCCUCAA